GUUGGGACACCACUAAAAUUUAAACGAAAUGGGCCGACAAUCAGUUCAAAAUGUUGUAGAUUCUUUCAAUGAUAAAAUAUUUCCAGGUUUAUCCGAUGUACCCCAAGAUUUCUCAUUCGUAUCGGGCCAAAGUGACAUAGUAUACGAUGUUAAAUCGAGUUUGGUACUGCAAAUGUCACUGUAUUUCAAUUUGGUCUAUUACCCAGUGUGGUUGGUAAUCAUCUUCACUUCAUUUGUAACAAAGGCCCAGUGCUUUGGCUGGUUUUCUUAUCUACUCCUCGGUAUUGGGGUGUCAACCAUGCUAAUAAUGGAAGCCACUAGGAUUUACCUUGGCAUGUCAGGCAACAUGAGCGAGCAAGUGACUGAGCUUUCCACAUUCUGGUUCACUACGCUGCUUGUUCAAUUGCCUUUGGUUGCCAUCAUCCUCAUAGUGGCUUUGAGCUUGAGCCAAGUCAUGGAGGUAGUCGCCUUGUCAAUUUCCACAUCUCUAAUGGCGGUCCAAUUAUGCGUCUCGUUUACUACACUACGCAACGUCUCCCGCCUGCGCCAAUUUUUGAAACCUUGAACAAAAAACGAAACGAAUAGCAUUUUAUUAAGCGCAUCACGCGUUACAAGACAAUCCAUUUCGAAACGAAUAGAGAUAAUAAAAUGUCCUGUAAUCUAAUCAUAGGACAUGCGUGCAAAACCCUUGCCGAAACUAUUACUAUUUUUGAUUCAAUUUCUUUGAGAGGACUGAUUCUUCUGCUUCAUUUAAGUUUCUGGCGAAUAACCAGCGACCUUGACACGGCUGAAUGGGUGCGAUGCAAACACAUAGACUCUACUACAGCCAAUAAGUGAAAGGAGGUCCGAUGAGUCAUAUUGCUGUUGUAGUAGAGUAUAGUCGUCGUAGUAAACACGCACAAAAAAAAACACUCUAUAUGGUAUCAUAGAGACCGAGUAUAUAGAGAAAGAGAAAAAAAGGGAGGAGAAAAUGUUUAAUCGCAUUGGAAUGUUGUGAAAAAUUGUUUCUUAAACCUAUUGAUCCGAGAAACGUGGAAGGAUGACGAGGAAUGUAGGGGGAGGUGAGGCGGUGUGAAAAAAAAAGGACAACAACUUCUUGAAGAGUUCAUUUAAUUUACUCCGUGUAAAAAACCAAUUCGACAGGUCAUCGGCAUCUGUACACGACGAGGUCACCACGAGUUUUGUGGGAAAUUCUGUUUCGCCUUCAGUUCAUCUUCGUCUUAUACAAGAAGUUUUGAAGGACUCUUGGAUGGCCCGUGUGACCUGUUCAUGAUACCUUGACCUGCUUUCCUUCUUCUAACUUGUAUAAGUUUUUACCUUGCCUUCUCAUCGUUUUCAGUUGAGUUUUUCCCCUUUUUUUUUUUUUGCUUUGAUUUUGGAUGUAAAUACAUCGUUGGCCAUGGCA